GAGCUUCCUCUGCUCUGAAUCUUCCUACGGCUGUUUCGAAACCUUUCCACCGUUCGAUUCGCGCUUCUUCACGUCGCCGGUUGGUUCUUGGUGGUUUUGGCGGCGCUUCGUUGUGGAUGAAUAACAACAUGUCCGGUAAUUUUGGCGGUAAAUCUUUCAUUGCUUCCGCUAGGCAGACCAAUCCUUCUCCCGUCGAACAGGCGUUGAAUAAGGUGGAUUGGCCCGAGACUUUCCCUUUCAAAGAAGAAGAUUUCCAGAGAUUCGAUGAGUCGUCUGAUUCAACAUUUUAUGAAGCUCCAAGGUUUGUGACACACAUUGAUGAUCCAGGCAUAGCUGCUCCAAGGUUUUGCCUCAGAGCGAUACUCCGGGAGUGAGCAUACUCAGCAACACACCUUCUGUUAGAAAGCCUUUUAAGAGACUUUUUACUCUUUCUUUGUGAUGAAUUCGUUUCAACUUGUGAUCAAUCCAGUAGAAUUGCAUCAUUUUUGUGGAUUCUUAAUUGGUUACUUUGAAAUUUGGUUAGGAUUGUUGUAUGCUCUUAUAGGUGAUGGAAAGCUUGGAACAUGCCAUGAAACGUGGUGCUCCAAUUCUAGCAGAAUAUCUUGGAGGUGCUGUUAAUUGUGAUGCUCACCAGAUGACUUCUUAGUGAAAUACUUGUUGUAAAGGAUAUAAUAAAACCGCCGCAGAGAGAGCAGCUGUUAUUGUUUUAGGACAUCUGAUGAAUUAAGGUCGAUCGAAACAGAAGUUAGAUUUAGUAUUGCUUGAUACUUAUAAGUGUAAGCCAUUUUUAUGCUUGUUUUCUUUGACUGGUUUGUGUUUUUUGAAGUUGGAUUUCUCAUCUGCAUAGAUUGCCCACUAGGAUGAGAUUGCAGGCUUGGGGUUGCUUGUCUCGCCUCUAUGAUGCAUUCCUUGCGCUUCAUGAACUUGGAUGAGCUUCAGUUCCUACUACAUUUUUUUCUUCUUGUAACCAAACAAAAAUAUAUGUAUUGUUUUACA